GCUUGUGAUCAUGAGCACUUGAGCAAUCAUUGCUAUUUUCAGAGCCGGUCAGCACCCUCUUUUAAGCUUGUAGUUGUUGGUUGUUGGUUGCUGGUCAUCAUCCUCUGGCCCUGCAGAAGCUGCCUAGCACAAAGUGCUUAUGCUUGUGACUCUGAGCAGUCAAGCAAGUAGGCGCAACCAUCAUGGCGGAGGCUGUUGUAGGAGUGCUGAUUAGCAAGUUAAGCACGGUCUUGGCAAAUGAGGUAGUAGCUGGUGCAUCCUUGUUUUGGAAGGAAGCUUCUGCCCUCAAGGGACUCUUUGGUGAGAUCCGUAAAGCCAAGGUGGAGCUGGAGAGCAUGAAAGCCUACCUGCGCGACUCAGAAAAGUUCAAGGAUACAGAUGAGACCACUGCCAUCUUCAUCAACAAGAUCCGGGAACUAUCCUUCCGGAUCGAGGAUGUUGUCGAUGAAUUCAUGUACAAGCUUGAGGACAACAAGCAUGGAGGAUUUGCAGCCAAGACAAAGAAGAGGAUCAAGAAUGUCAAGGUUUGGCGCCGUCUUGCUCUUGAGCUCCAUGAUAUCAAUGCCGAGAUUGAGGACAGUACAAGGAGGAGGGACCGUUAUGUCAUCCAAGGAAUGCAGAGAUACUCUGGGAGCGGUGACCAUCAUGCCACAUCUAACUAUCAAACUUUGUGUUCUGCGAGGGAAGAGGAUAUAGUGGGUAUUAAAGAUCAUGCUGCCAAGCUCAAGCAGUGGCUUGUAGGUGAUAUGGAAGAAACAAACAGAAAAAUCACCACAAUUUGGGGGAUGGGUGGAGUUGGAAAAACUACUUUAGCUGAUCAUGUCUAUAAGAUUGUGAAAAUGGAGUUUGACGCUGCUGCAUGGGUAAUUGUGUCCAAGAGUUACGAAGUUGAGGACUUGCUGAAAAAAAUUGCUAUCGAGUUUGGUAUCUCAAUAGACUCUAGCAUUAUGGAUAUGAGAAGAGUAGUUGAUGUCAUCCGUAUCAAUCUUGAAGGUAAAAGGUUUCUCAUGGUUUUGGAUGAUGUUUGGGAACAAGAUGUAUGGAUAAAUAACAUCAUGCCUGUCUUUCCGACUAAUUGUACUAGCCGAUUUGUUCUUACAUCAAGAUUAUCUGAAGUUGCAUCAUUGGCAACUAGUAACUGUGCAAUUAAGCUGGAACCACUACAAGAAAUUGACUCAUAUAUGCUAUUCUGCAAGCUAGCAUUUUGCAAUAAUGAUGAAAAAGGGUGCCCUUCAGAGUUAUGGGAUCUUGCUGAAAAGUUCUUAAAAAGGUGUGAAGGCUUGCCUAUUGCGAUUGCUUGCAUAGGCCGCCUACUAUCUUGCAAACCCCCAACUCACUUGCAAUGGGAAAAUGUGUACAAGAAGCUAGAAUUGCAGUCAACUAAUAACGUGAUCCCUGGUGUUGACACCGUUCUGAAAGUCAGUUUGGAGGAUCUUCCAUAUGAAUUGAAGAAUUGCUUCUUACAUUGUGCAAUGUUUCCAGAGGAUUAUAAUUUGAACAGGCGGAGAUUAAUAAGGCACUGGAUUACUGCUGGAUUCAUCAAGGAAAUAGAGAACAAAACACUUGAAGAAGUGGCAGAGGGUUUCCUGAAUGAGCUUAUAAAUCGAAGCCUACUACAAGUCAUAGAGACGAAUGCGUUUGGACGGGUGAAAUUUUUCCGAAUGCAUGAUAUCUUACGCCAUCUUGCCCUUGACAAAGCAGAGAAAGAAUACUUUGGUAAAGUUUACAAGGGUUCUGGGACAUUUUCGGUAGGCGCACGUCGACUGUCAAUACAAAGCACUGGUGUUGCGCCCUUGAGUCCAUUUGGUGCAACACAUCUCCGUGCAAUCCAUGCUUUCACGAGAUAUAUUGAUAUUGAUUUGUUGACGCAUAUCCUUCAUUCUUCAAAAAUGCUGUCAACAUUGGACCUGCAAGGUACUCAAAUCAAGUUGUUGCCUAAUGAGGUCUUCAGCUUGUUUAAUCUACGGCUUUUGGGUCUUAGAUAUACUGGUAUUGUUAAUCUACCUGAGGCACUGGGAAGAUUACAGAACUUGGAAGUACUGGAUGUAUGCUUUACUGCUUUGCUAACAUUACCAAAGAACAUAGCAAAACUAAAGAAGCUUAGAUACCUGUACGCAGGUUCAAGGCCCAUAGGUGGACCUCUUACAUCUCUUGUUGGAACUAAGGUUCCUAGGGGCAUAAGGAACUUGACUGGACUCCAUGCUUUGCAAAAGAUUAAAGCAAGCUUAGAGAUUAUAUGUGAUGUUGCUGCUUUAACGGAGUUAAGAACAUUUGGAGUCAGCGAUGUGACAAGUGAGCACUCCUUAAAGUUGUGCAGUGCUAUUGUGAACAUGAACCAUCUUGUCCACCUGUCAAUUGCUUCAUCAAAUGAAAAUGACGUAUUGCCAUGGGAAGCACUCCGUUUACCAGAAACUCUUUCAAAACUUAAACUGGAAGGGCAGCUGGAAAAGAAGCAGAUGCCUCAGAUUCUCUCAUCCUGGUCGCACCUUAAUAACCUCACUCAAUUGACCCUGAAAGGCUCCAAACUUGAUGAAGAUCCAUUUCCUAGCCUUAUUGUGUUACGUGAUUUACGCUUUCUUCGUCUUGUUAAUGCAUAUGAUGGGAAGAAAUUGUACAUAUCUGCUCUGUCAUUUCCAAGGCUCACAAAACUGGUAUUAGGGGGAGCUCCACAGCUGAACCAAGUCGAAAUAGCAGAAGGUGCACUAGGAAACCUUGUUGAGCUAGAGCUUUCUUACUGUCCAAAACUGAAGCGUGUUCCUCAUGGCGUCAGGUUCCUUAGAGCCCUUGAGGAAUUUCAUUUGAUAGAUACUGCAGAUGAGUUUAUAGAGAUGCUUACAAAGGAACCUGAAGCAAAUGAAUGGAAGGAAGAACUUAUGAAGAUUAGCCACAUUAGAAAAGUUAUCGUUGAAUCAACUGAGAAAAACUUUUGGCGAAGAAUUGUUGUUUCCACAAAAGUGAAUGAAUUUGCUGGCUGAAGGCUUGGAUGCUAGCUGCUAUUCCCAGAGUCUACGUACAAGGUUGCUGGCUUUGGUGAUUCAGUUCAGUGGUUACUGAACAUGCAUUGUUCUAGUGACCACAUGGGCAUAGCCGCAUAGGACAUUUACUCAAGCAAAUUAGUUUGCAAAUUAAGCGCAAACACUGCUGUGAUUUCAGUGCCCUGCCAUGUCAUUUGCACCUGGUGUUGAUCUAAAAAUAUAAACUUGUGCCGGGUGCAGAGAUCACAGAGUGCUUGCUCGUAUUGAAUUUCUGUUAUUCUGCACGGAGUGGAUUCUGGAUUGGCUUGAUGUCCUUCAUGGGGCGAGGCAUCUCCCAGGUCUGUAACAAACUUGUGGAGUCUUUAUUUUUUUGUUGUUGUGUGCAGCCAAAAGUUUGAAUUUCAAUCAGUAAUAUGUUUAUGUUUAUAA